AGCCACUGUCAGACAACUUCCUGACAGUUGGAGGAAGAGAAAUUUAAAGUGCUGUAAUUAGGACAUUUAGGAAGUACACGAUCAGUCUUGCUGUGCAACGGCGUCAUGUGGUUUUCUCUGCUCGCUCUCUGACAUGGCUGUUCAUCUCAGCUUUCUUCUCCUCCUCACUGGACUCACAGGAAUUCACAGCAUAACUACAGUCAGUAAAGUGUCAGUGAAGGCUGGAGGUUCAAUCUCUACCCCAUGUUUCUAUGAGUCACAAUACAUAAACAAUGUAAAAUACUUAUGUAAAGGAUAUCAUUGGACCUCCUGCUCAUAUGCAGUUAAAACAAACAAACCGAGUUCAGGAAAGUUUUCAAUCUCUGAUGACAAAAUCCAAAGAAUCUUCACUGUGACCAUGAAAAAUCUGAACGAACAGGACACUGGUUAUUACUGGUGUGCUGUGGAGAUUAACAAUGGGGGAGAUGAUGGAAAGUAUUUCCACCUGUCAGUCACCGGAGGUACACCCAGUCUCUCUGUGGAUCAUCAGGAUAUUACAGGAUUAAUUGGACAUAACAUAACCAUCAACUGUCACCAUCUUUAUCCUGGAGUAGUGAAGUGGUGCAGGCUGGGCGGCUCCUGUGUGACAGAGCCAUCUGGAUCAAUAUAUGGAACAGAAGUGACCAUUGAUAGGAAAGUCCACAAUGUUUUUACUGUGACUAUGAGUGGACUGAGGACAGAGAGCAGCGGCUGGUAUUGGUGUGUCCAGGGAGACUUACAGAUGCCAGUGCAUUUAACUGUUAGUGAGAAACCUCCAACUGACCAAGCGCCGACCACAGUUGACAGUGAAGAGCAGAGUGAUCAAGUUGACCUGAAGAGCGUCAUCAUCCCUUUGAGUUUGUUGAUCCUUGCUCUAAUGGUGACCUUUUUUGUCUGGUUUAUGCUAAAAAGACACAAGACGACCAAAGGAGAAUCAUCAGCCACAACGGCGGCUGAAGAGGAAGUUACAUACAGUGAUGUUAAGUACGUGAGACAAUCUUCCAGCAAGAGGUCAGAUGCUGCGAUGAAGAGUGAUGUGGACGUGGUGUACAGCUCUGUCGUUACACAGUAGAACUACAAACUGUAUACAGGGUUAACUUUAAGAUCAAGCUAAGUCUGUCUGCCUGCCACUGAAUUAUAACAUAUAGAGCCAUGUUGUAAAUUCAGUACAUUUAAUAUCAUAAUUAAGAUAAUGGGUCAUUUGAAUUUAAGAUGUGCUUUCACAUGUGUUUUAUUGGAUAGUACCUUUGAUUGAUGUGUGUUUUGCCAUAUUAAGGCUCACGCGCCACUAGCCUGUCCUGCUAUUGUGCAGUUGGAGUUGACUCCUUUUAAAUGUUUCAGUGCAGUGUGCAAACUGGUCUUCAACAGGGCAGGAUGCAGCGCAACGAUUGUUUUGACCGUAGAUUGUACGCUAUAUUUUUUGGGUUGUAAGAAAGUCAUCAUAUCAGUGUUUUUUUUUGUGGUGAUUUUGUUGUUUGUGAUGUCCGUGGAAUAAACUGCAGUUGUUUUGUCA